AUACGCCUCUGUCCUCCUCCAGCACUCCACUGGACUAGUGCGUUUGGACGGACGCGAUUCCUCCUCCUGUGUGAGCGCUGAUCGGGAUACUAAGCACGCAGCUUUUGGUUUAUUAGACCCUCAGCGUUAUCUCCAUCCCCUAUUUGGGUAAGAUUUACCCACGUCGUUGUGUUGCAGCAGCAAGAAAUAACCACAGACCCGAAGUCAAGGCGCCAAUCAGUGAAAUUAUUUAUCGACGGGAAGAUUUAUUUCUAUCCAAGAUUGUGGGGACUGUAUGACAGAGCGCAGCAAAGCUUUUCCCUGACUCUCUGCGCUGGAUGUGUAUACAUGCACGUAUAUUGCUGCGGCUGGUGAUACGGACUAAGACGUCCAGCUGCCAUUGAGAUGUGAUUCUCUGGGGCUUCAUUUCACUUUGACAAAGCAAAGUACACUAUAAAAAGGCCUGUAUGGUGUCAGGAACACUGAGCUGUGAGAAAAACAGCUCACCACAACACCGUCUGGGCUCAGCAGGAAGUACCUCCAUAUUUACUUCCCGGUCACCCUCAGACGUCAUGUGGACCAGAUGCCUGCUCUUCGUCUUCACCUUGUUUGCUCCCAUUGCCAUUGCCGGUGGCCGUGCCCCUAUCCCUAUGGCAGUGGUGCGGAGGGAGCUGUCAUGUGAGUCUUACCCCAUCGAGCUGCGCUGCCCCGGCACUGACGUCAUCAUGAUCGAGAGCGCCAACUACGGCCGCACCGAUGACAAGAUCUGCGACUCGGACCCCGCCCAGAUGGAGAACACUCGCUGUUACCUGCCUGAUGCAUACAAAAUCAUGUCUCUCAGAUGCAACAACCGUACCCAGUGUGCGGUGGUGGCUGGGCCAGACGUUUUCCCUGAUCCCUGCCCUGGCACAUACAAAUAUUUGGAAGUCCAAUAUGAGUGUGUCCCAUACAAAGUUGAACAAAAAGUAUUUCUCUGCCCUGGCAUUCUGCGAGGAGUGUACCAGAGUGAACAUCUCUUCGAGUCAGAUCACCAGUCCGGUGCGUGGUGCAAAGACCCACUGCAGGCCUCAGACAAGAUCUACUACAUGCCCUGGACCCCAUACCGCACUGACACACUGACAGAGUACUCGUCAAAGGAGGACUUCAUAGCAGGACGUCCCACCACCACCUACAAACUCCCACACCGUGUGGACGGGACUGGUUUUGUAGUCUAUGACGGUGCUCUGUUCUUCAACAAGGAGCGCACGCGCAACAUUGUAAAGUUUGACCUGCGCACUCGCAUCAAGAGUGGUGAGGCCAUCAUUGCCAAUGCCAACUACCAUGACACCUCACCAUAUCGCUGGGGGGGAAAGUCGGACAUUGACCUAGCGGUGGACGAGAACGGGCUGUGGGUGAUCUAUGCAACAGAGCAGAACAACGGGCGAAUCGUGGUGAGCCAGCUCAACCCCUACACCCUGCGUAUCGAAGGUUCCUGGGACUCAACGUAUGACAAACGCUCCGCCUCCAAUGCGUUCAUGAUCUGCGGAGUCCUGUACGUGGUCAAAACGGUCUACGAAGAUGACGACAAUGAAGGGACUGGAAACAAAAUCGACUACAUGUACAACACUGAUAAGAGCAAGGAGAUGACGGUUAACAUACCAUUCCCCAAUUCCUACCAGUACAUCGCCGCAGUGGAUUACAACCCGAGAGACAACCUGCUGUACGUGUGGAAUAACUACCACGUGGUCAAGUACUCGCUGGACUUCGGCAACAAUGACUAUCGCCCACCUCCCAUUAUGCCUCCAAACCGAGGAGGAGGAGGAGGCGGAGGGGGUCCAGUUGUAGGCGGAGGUUCCUCCUCUUCAUCAACCAGCCGCACCACCACCACUCGUUCUCCUCCCUACUUCACCACCCCCCGGCCUCUCCUCACCACCUCCCCUGGCCAGCGCUGGAGGACCACCACCACGGUUCGUCAGCCAAUCCCGGUUCCCGCCGGUGGCUCAGCAUCCGACACCAACCAGAUUCCCGACACCAACCAGAAAGGAGGGCGCUCUCCCCCGGUGCAGGUCCCCCCAGCGGCCCCUCAGCCUGCUCCCCUGCCUCCACAAGACUUCUGCAGUCCAAGGCUGACAGCCGAGAUAUCAUGGCCCCGGACGCAGCAAGGCCAGAAAGCCAAGCAGCCCUGCCCUGUAGGAACCCUGGGCGUGGCCACGUACGUGUGCAUGGCCCAUUUGGGCUACUGGGAUCCCAAAGGGCCCGACCUCAGCAACUGCACGUCGCCCUGGGUCAACCACAUUAUGCAGAAACUCCGUUCGGGCGAGACAGCAGCAAUCGUGGCCAGAGAGCUGGCAGAGCAGACCAAAGGUCUUCUGCGUCCUGGCGACGUGCCAUCCACCGUGCGGGCCAUGGCCCAACUGGUGGAGCUGCUGGACGUACAGCUCAGGAACCUCACCCCCGGGGGCAAGGACAGCGCAGCCCGCAGCCUCACCAAGCUUCAGAAGAGAGAAAGGUCCUGCAGGGUUUUCACACAGGCUAUGGUGGAGACGGUGAAUAAUUUGCUGCAGCCACGAGCCCAGGCGGCCUGGAGAGAACUGCCCACCAGCGGGCAGCUUCACUCAGCCACUCUGCUCCUCGACACUGUGGAGACGGGAGCUUUUAUGUUAGCCGACAACCUCCUCAAGACCGACACUGUGCAGGAGACCACUGACAACAUCCAGCUGGAAGUGGCCAGGCUGAGCACGGAUGGGAACCUAGAAGACCUGACAUUCCCUCAGUCAGAACUACAUGGAAACUCCAUCCAGCUGUCAGCCAGCACUCUCAAACAACACGGCAGAAACGGGGAGAUCAGGAUGGCCUUCGUGCUGUACAGGAACUUGGGGGCCUACCUUUCCACAGAGAAUGCCAGCGUCAGACUGAGCAGCGAUGCAGUCUACCCAAAUUACUCCGUUAUCGUCAACUCCCCGGUCAUCACGGCAUCCAUUAACAAGGACAGCAAUAAGGUUUACCUGUCUGAGCCUGUGGUCUUCACUGUCAAACACCUACAGCAUUCGGAAGAGAACUUCAAUCCCAACUGUUCAUUCUGGAGCUACUCCAAGCGCACCAUGAUGGGGAUCUGGUCUACCAAGGACUGUCGUCUGCUGGCGACCAAUCGCACACACACCACCUGCUCCUGCACACACCUCACCAGCUUUGCAGUGCUUAUGGCCCACGUUGAGGUGAAGAAAGCAGACAGCAUGCACGACCUGCUCCUGGACGUCAUCACCUGGGUGGGGAUUCUGUUGUCGCUGGUUUGCCUGCUUAUCUGCAUCUUCACCUUUUGCUUCUUCCGUGGGCUGCAAAGUGACCGCAACACCAUCCACAAGAACCUCUGCAUCAGCCUCUUCAUCGCUGAGUCACUCUUCCUGGUGGGGAUCAACAGGGCUGAUCAACCGAUUGCCUGUGCGGUCUUCGCAGCCUUGCUCCAUUUCUUCUUUUUGGCAGCCUUCACCUGGAUGUUCCUGGAAGGGGUGCAGCUCUACAUCAUGCUGGUAGAGGUGUUUGAGAGUGAACACUCCAGGACUAAAUACUUCUACCUGGCAGGCUACGGAGUGCCUGCUGUCAUAGUGGCCGUCUCCGCUGCAGUGGACUACAGGAGCUACGGCACCGAUCGAGUGUGCUGGCUACGAUUGGACACAUACUUUAUCUGGAGCUUUAUAGGCCCUGCUACGCUCAUCAUUAUGCUGAAUGUAAUCUUCCUCGGCAUCGCUCUUUACAAGAUGUUCCAUCAUACGGCCAUUCUCAAACCCGACUCUGGAUGUCUGGACAACAUCAAGUCUUGGGUGAUCGGGGCCAUCGCCCUGCUUUGUCUGCUGGGCCUGACCUGGGCUUUCGGCCUGAUGUACAUCAAUGAGAGCACCGUCAUCAUGGCCUACCUUUUCACCAUCUUCAACUCUCUGCAGGGCAUGUUCAUCUUCAUCUUUCACUGCAUACUGCAGAAGAAGGUACGAAAAGAGUACGGCAAAUGUCUGCGCACUCACUGCUGCAGCGGCAAGAGCGUGGAGACGUCAAUCUCCUCCUCCAGCAAGACCACCACCUCAAGGACCCCCGGCCGCUACUCCACAGGCUCACAGGUGAGCUUACCUGCCUGCACACCUGGACGAUACAGCACAGCAGACUCUCAGAGUCGUAUCAGGCGGAUGUGGAAUGACACUGUGAGGAAACAGGAGUCUUCCUUCAUCACUGGAGACAUCAACAGCUCCGCCACGCUCAACAGAGUCUAUAACAACCCCGCCGUGGGCAUGUACAACACCCAAGCACCGUACCGAGACACAAAGGGCAUCCUGAACAACGCAAGAGACUCCAGUGUAAUGGAUACACUCCCUCUUAAUGGUAACCAUGCCAACAACUACAGCAUGGCCAGCAGCGAGUACCUGAGCGACUGCGUCCAGAUCUUGGACCGUAGUGGCGGCUACGGCACCCACGGCAAUCAUAAGGAGACGACCCUGGAGAAGAAGAUCCUCAAGGAGCUGACCUCCAAUUACAUCCCCUCCUACCUCAACAACCAUGAGAGAGCGACCACCGAACGCAACCACAACCUGAUGAACAAGCUGGUCAACAGCAGCAUGGCCAAUGGAGGGAGCAUGGCAGGAGGCAGCAGCAGCAGCAGCAGCAGUGGCGUUGGAGGAUGUGUGGGCAGCGGUAAAGAGGACAAUUGUCCCAUGGUGCUGGACAACCCUGCAGCCUUCCCCCACGAGGAGAAUCUGGGUUUGGAGAUCAUUAGAGAGGAGUCCAACGCUCCACUCCUGCCGCCACGUCCUCCUCCACCAGACAGCCACCCCCCUCCUCCGCCUCCCCCGCACAGCUUCUCUCGGCCACGGCGCAUUCCCCAGGAGACCAGCGAGAGCUUUUUCCCCCUGCUGACCAACGAGCACACUGACGAACACACACAUUCGCCCAGCCACAGAGACUCACUGUACACCAGCAUGCCUGUGCUGACGGACCUUCCGGAUGGACAGAUGAACGGUUUAACAGACGGAGAGGAAGACAGCUCCGGGGAGCUGCAGCCCUGUAAGAGUGCCACUGCUCCGGAGCUAGAUGACGUCUAUUAUAAGAGCAUGCCAAACUUGGGCUCCAGGAAUCAACUUCACGACCUGCAGAGCUACUACCACAUGGGCCGUGGUGGCAGCGAUGGAUACAUGGUGUCCGGCAGCAAGGAGGAGUCCGAUUCGUCGCCUGAGGAGCCGCCUGUAGACCCUUCCCACCUGGUAACCAGUCUAUAGAGCCAAUAAAGAGACUUCUAUCCCUCCACAGCCCAUUCUCACACUUCCAACCUUCCAAUGAAAACAUUUUGUGUUGUUGAUCGACAGACUGAGCUGGCCCACCCCUGGAUUGAUGUACUAUUUGUGACAUUGACUAUAGUUCAUGACGACAUGGUUAAGAAUUGGCUGGUCAAAUGAAGGCAGGGACUGAAUGUAUCGUCACAAAUGGUGCAGAGCGAGAGGGUGGUUCGGAGAGACUUUACCUGGAAAAGAGAGGAAGGGGGAGGGAUCCUGUAAUUUCACCCUACCUGUUACUUUAAUAUGAAAUCUUGGAUUGAAGUUCCCCAAUAUGAACCUCUAGCAGAUCAUAGCAUAGAGUCUCCACUACCAUGGCAACAGGGGCGUGGCCAUCCAGCCCUGGUCAAAGGAGCUGCCUGUCUGAGUAUCUGUAUGUCCGUCUCACGCUUAAAGACAUGUACUGGGAUGACGUUUGCACCUUUUCAAAGGGUAGAGCAGGAUAUUGAACUCCGUUGUUCACAACAUAAACUGGCCUUACAUAGGCCCCGCCCCACUAUCUGCCAAUCAAGUGGAGGAUGUACGAUAAAUGCCCUCUCUACCAAAACAUCCCAAAAACUAUUUUAUUGGGCAACCGAACUGUAAUCAUAUCACGCUGAUGUUCUGAACUCUCUUCCUGUUCGUAUCUGCUAAACUGGAGUUGUGUCUGGGCUGGUGUAACAUUCCUGCGAGUUGUAGUGACUGCGGCUACUGUGUAUUUCACUGAAAACAAAGAAGGGAGAUCAUAUAACAACAGACUGAACUAAAAAAAAAAAAGAAUGGGUUCUGUUUCUCCUCCUUUCUUCUGUAAAAGUUUUCAGUUAUCAAAGGAUUAUAAAGAAAUCACAAACUGUUUCUAUGUAUUGUACAGAAUACAAAUACAGAUACAUUGUUGCAUAUGACCAAGUCUUUUAUUUUUUACAUUUUUAAGUUGCAAACCUUUUGUCUGUGGAACUGUUCUGAAAUGUCAUGAUGAGUUCUGGUCACGUGUAAUUGACAGAACAAACAAGGAACAAUCGAUCUGUAAUUUGUUGGUAAAUACAGCGUUAAGCACUUCUUAAUUAUACUACGCAUAUACCCUACACACACUUCAUUCCGGACCUUUUUAUAGAAACACCACUGUCACCUACAUUUUGCAAAUCAAUUGUUACUAUAUACUUUACCACUGUGUAGAUUCUAAAGUAAAGGGUAAAGGAAGUGGCUAAUUUAUGAUAGAGAUGGUUGCUAUGGUAAUUCUACCAUUUAGUCUUUGCUGGAAGUGGGUCUCAUCUCAUUUGUUCUUGAAUAAAGCGUUUCCUUCCUUAAGGCACAAGCGUGAACGAGAGUGGAUUUAUUUUACAAAGAUAUCAGAUAUUUGGAGCAACACAAGAAUGCGUUAUUAAGCAUACCCUCUCUAUUAACAUUGCUUUGCUGUGCUGGUUGAGAUUGUACAGAUAAAGAAUGCUGGGAAUAAAAAAUGUCAUUCUCUAAAGAAAAAAAAGAGACUUUAGACUAUUUGAAACAGAGUGGGUCUCUGUGAAAUGACAUGAUUACACGAUAUAUGUGUACUGAAGAUAUGAAAACUCUGCACACAGCAGCACUGUCCAAUGUGGAAAGCCAAUGUUUACUUAUUUAGGAGAGAAAAAAUCAUAAGUGUAUGAAGUGUAGCUUGCACAUGUAUCCCACAAGCCCCCGCCAUGUCCCCAAGAGAGAAAUUAUUUAUUUAUCUGUUUAUUGGUUUGAAGACAGCAAAACAAGCUUGGAGGAAGAAAGCUGGCUUUAGGCAGGAGUAAAUAUGAUGGCACUGGGUUUGUUUCAUGGUUCUUUUUUUAAAUUAUUAUGAUCAUGACUAUUAUUACAAUAUUAUUGAUAAUUAUUUAUUCUUUUUGUAUGGGUUCCAAGUUGAAUGAUCUCAUAACUAAUAUUUGUUGUAACAGUGAAAGUUGUUUGCCAACAAAUAAAUUA